GGAGUAAAAGUUCUGGUUUCAGGAGGCCAUGAGUGUCAACAAGGCAAUAGUUUGUGAGUUUUCCUCUGUGGGGGACUUGGAAGGUGGUCGCUGGCCAGGGGUGUACCUGAGGAUUCAUGCUUUCCCCGCCUAUGGAAGUGAUGUCAUGAUGAAGGGAUCCUCUGCGCCAUUGCAUUCCUUAUGGAUUUGCCCUCUGGGGAUCCCAUGGCUCUCUUUACUGGGCUCAGGGGCCCUUUCACACAUGUAAGCAGAGCACUCAGUCAGCGCUGUUUCAGCACUGCCGGGAGCCUCAGUGCAAUUCAGAAGAUGACACGGGUGCGUGUGGUGGACAACAGUGCCCUGGGGAACACCCCGUACCAUCGCCCUCCUCGUUGCAUUCAUGUCUAUAACAAGAAUGGGGUGGGCAAGGUGGGCGACCGGAUAUUGUUGGCCAUCAAGGGACAGAAGAAAAAGGCACUCAUUGUGGGGCAUCGCAUGCCCGGUCCCCGGAUGACCCCCAGGUUUGACUCCAACAACGUGGUCCUCAUUGAAGACAAUGGGAACCCUGUGGGGACCCGAAUUAAGACACCCAUCCCCACCAGCCUACGCCAGAAGGAAGGCGAGUUUUCCAAGGUGCUGGCCAUUGCUCAGAACUUCGUGUGAACAGAGCCCAGCUGCAGGCUGCAGUGGGACUCAUGAAUGCAGUAGUUCUGAGAACUGUGCCUUUGCUGAAGGGGAGUUUGGGGAAGAGUGUCCUGUGACAAAUAAACAUUUUCACAUAUGUU